GAUUUUCAGGUACAAAAGCUUAGGACCAUGGCAGCUAAGCUUCAACUCUGCCAGGCCGUGCGCACGAUUUUAUGUCAAAAUGCCAAAAUCGCAACUGUAGUAUCGCCUGAAAUGGUUCAGUUCCGAUCGCCUGUGAUGAAUGGCUGUGCAACGAAAUUGAACCGCUAUGGUGGCCGUCACAAUGUGACCGUACUUCCUGGUGAUGGUAUCGGACCUGAAAUGCUAGAGCAUGUCGAGAAAAUCUUCAGAUUUGGACAGGUGCCCGUCGAUUUUGAAACAGUGCAGCUGUCAUCCAAACCGGACUCCGAGGAUGACCUUAAACAAGCUAUCAUCGCUAUCAAACGUAAUGGUGUUGCUCUCAAGGGUAACAUCGAGACAAAAUUCGAUGAUCCUACCUUCAAGUCGCGUAAUGUGGAACUUCGACGCGAGCUGGACCUUUUUGCCAAUGUAUUGCAUUGCUGCAGCAUACCUUCCGUACCGAGCAGACAUCAGAACAUCAACAUGAUAAUAAUUCGAGAAAAUACUGAAGGAGAGUAUUCGGGGUUGGAGCAUGAGACCACUCCCGGCAUAGUUGAAAGUCUGAAGAUUGUCACUCGUAAGAAGAUCGAGCGGAUUUCUCGAUUUGCUUUCCAUUACGCAAAGACGUACAACCGCAAGAAGGUUACAGCUGUACACAAAGCAAAUAUCCAGAAGCUUGGGGAUGGGCUCUUCCUCCACGUGUGCAAAGAGAUUGGUGAGAAAGAAUUUCCCGAGAUCAAGUUUGACUCUAUGAUUGUCGACAACGCAUCAAUGCAACUGGUUUCCCGACCCCAACAGUUUGAUAUAAUGCUGAUGCCAAAUCUUUAUGGCAACAUUAUUUCUAACAUAGCAUGCGGUCUCGUUGGAGGACCUGGACUAGUCUCCGGCAUGAACAUUGGCGAUGAAUACGCUGUCUUUGAAACCGGAACGAGAAACACGGGCACAUCGUUGGCUGGCAAGGAUUUGGCAAAUCCCACUGCAUUCAUUAGAGCCUCCGCAGACAUGUUAAGGUAUCUUGGUCUAGACGAUUACGCCAACCUCAUCUCUGAUGCUUUAUAUCGCACUUUGGUAGAGAAACGAAUUCACACUCCAGAUAUUGGUGGCACAGCUAAGAGCAGUGAAAUGAUAGCGGGGGUAUUGGAGUUCAUUGAGAAGGAUAUGGUGGAAAGGAAGUGGCGUGUGCGAUGAUCGAUGUUGGUGCCUGUCUGAUGACCAUAGUAUGAUUAUUCUUGAAGAUCAACUCCCGACAUAAUUCGAACUUGUAGAGGUUAAUUGUAGUGACACGGCAGGGAUUUGAUAUAGUAUAGCAUAGUGAUAUAGUUCCUGGUGAAUAAUGUUGAUGAAUAAUGUUGAAUUAUUUUCCCCAUAGGUGUAAAUUUAUACUUUCUACCUGGUCAUCUUGUAAAGUAAAGUUUCUGUAAAUGUUCU